GUGGGAGCGGGGGGGACGCGGUGCGGGGAGGGGACGCGGCCGGGGCCGGAGGGUUCCGGUGUGGGUGCAGACGUGUCGGCCGGGGCCGCGGAGCGACAGGCGCUGCCCCUGCCCGCUCGGAACAGCGCCCGGCCCGGGGCCGGCCCGGCGGCGCCAUGGCCGGGACCAGCAGCCCCGAAGCCGUGAAGAAGCUGCUGGAAAACAUGCAGGGGGACCUGCGGGGCCUGAGCCUGGAGUGCCGGAAAAAAUUCCCCCCCGUCAAGGAGGCUGCUGAAUCAGGAAUAAUAAAAGUGAAAACUAUAGCUGCACGAAACACAGAUAUUUUGGCAGCUUUGAAAGAGAACAGUUCAGAGGUGGUUCAGCCUUUUCUGAUGGGCUGUGGAACAAAAGAACCAAAGAUCACUCAGCUGUGUCUAGCAGCCAUACAGAGGCUCAUGUCUCAUGAAGUUGUUUCAGAGGCUGCAGCCGGAAACAUUAUCAAUAUGCUUUGGCAAUUGAUGGAGAACAGUCUUGAAGAACUUAAAUUGCUCCAGACAGUUCUUGUGCUUUUAACAACCAAUACAGUUGUGCAUGAUGAAGCACUGUCCAAGGCUAUUGUACUUUGCUUUCGAUUGCACUUCACAAAAGAUAAUAUCACAAAUAACACUGCAGCAGCCACAGUGCGGCAGGUGGUGACUGUCGUGUUUGAGAGGGUGGUUGCUGAAGAUGAACGAUACAAAGAUACUGUUGACCAACCAGCUGCAGUUCAAGGGAAUAGUAAUAGAAGAUCUGUCAGUACACUGAAGCCAUGUGCUAAGGAUGCAUAUAUGCUUUUUCAGGAUCUUUGUCAGUUAGUUAAUGCUGAUGCUCCCUACUGGCUCGUGGGUAUGACAGAAAUGACACGGACAUUUGGCCUUGAACUUCUUGAGUCGGUCCUCAAUGACUUUCCACAAGUGUUUUUACAACAUCAGGAAUUCAGUUUUCUUCUUAAAGAAAGGGUAUGCCCUCUUGUUAUAAAGCUCUUCUCCCCAAAUAUCAAAUUCAGGCAAGGUUCCACCACCUCAUCUUCCCCAGCACCAGUGGAAAAACCAUACUUUCCCAUCUGUAUGCGUUUGCUGCGAGUAGUUUCUGUUUUGAUUAAACAGUUUUACAGCUUGCUGGUAACAGAAUGUGAAAUCUUUCUGUCAUUGCUGGUUAAGUUUCUGGAUGCAGACAAACCACAGUGGCUACGAGCUGUUGCAGUAGAAUCUAUUCACAGGCUUUGUGUGCAGCCUCAGCUAUUAAGGUCUUUUUGUCAGUCAUAUGACAUGAAGCAACAUUCCACUAAAGUUUUCCGUGAUAUUGUGAAUGCACUGGGGUCCUUUAUCCAGUCUCUGUUUCUUGUACCAAGCACGGGGAACACAUCAGCAACACCAAACCAAACUGGAAGCAAUGCAUCAGGGAAUACUGGCUCAGCACAAACAAACCCAGGAGUGCUUGGAAUGGGUGGAGGUGCGACUGUAUUACCUGCCUUUGAGUACAGAGGUACUUGGAUACCCAUCCUGAAUGUUACAGUACAAGGCAGUGCUAAAGCUACAUAUUUGGAGAUGCUGGACAAAGUUGAGCCACCUACAAUUCCUGAGGGCUAUGCAAUGUCAGUGGCAUUUCACUGUUUGCUGGAUCUUGUCCGUGGCAUCACUACCAUGAUCGAAGGAGAGUUGGGAGAGGCAGAAACUGUCACUCAAACCACAACAGAGGCAACUUCUUUACCAGCACAGUCUUCAGAACAGGAUUUGCAAUCUGUUUCUGACCAAUCAGAGAAAGAACUAGUUAGCAGAGCUGUCUGGGAAGAAAUGGUGAAUGCUUGUUGGUGUGGUCUUCUGGCUGCUCUAUCCCUUCUACUUGAUGCAAGCACUGAUGAAGCUGCCACUGAAAAUAUUCUAAAAGCAGAAUUGACCAUGGCUGCACUUUGUGGAAGACUGGGUCUUGUAACAUCAAGAGAUGCCUUUAUCACUGCCAUUUGCAAAGGAUCCUUGCCUCCUCACUAUGCCCUUACUGUAUUAAACAGCACAACUGCAGCUCUGUCCAGCAAAUCAUAUUCCAUUCAGGGACAGAAUGUCCAAAUGAUUAGUCCCUCAAGUGAGUCUCACCAGCAAGUUGUAGCAGUAGGGCAGCCCUUAGCUCUUCAGCCACAGGGAACAGUUAUGCUGACAUCAAAAAAUAUCCAGUGUAUGAGGACAUUACUCAACUUAGCUCACUUCCAUGGAGCUGUUCUUGGAACAUCAUGGCAGCUAGUCCUGGCUACUCUUCAGCAUCUUGUGUGGAUUCUGGGACUGAAGCCUAGUGUUGGGGGUGCAUUAAAACCUGGAAGAGCUGUGGAAGGGCCAAGCACAGUUCUGACUACAGCAGUUAUGACUGAUCUGCCAUCUAUAUCCAGCAUGAUUUCAAAGCUUUUUGAAAACUCACAGUACCUUGACGAUGUGUCUUUACAUCACUUAAUAAAUGCCCUUUGCUCCUUGUCUCUGGAAGCCAUGGAUAUGGCCUAUGGAAACAAUAAGGAACCAUCACUUUUUGCUGUUGCUAAAUUACUGGAAACGGGACUGGUUAACAUGCGCAGGAUUGAGAUUCUUUGGAGACCUCUGACCGGUCAUCUUCUGGAGGUCUGUCAGCAUCCCAACUCCAGAAUGAGAGAAUGGGGAGCAGAAGCUUUAACUUCUCUUAUUAAAGCAGGACUGACAUUCAGACAUGAUCCUCCAUUAUCUCAAAACCAGAGGCUGCAAUUGCUUUUAUUGAAUCCACUAAAGGAGCUGUCAAACAUUAGUCAUCCUGAUAUCAGGAUCAAGCAGUUGGAGUGUGUGCUACAGAUUUUACAGAGUCAGGGUGACAGCUUAGGACCUGGUUGGCCAUUGGUGCUUGGAGUCAUGGGGGCAAUCCAAAGUGAUCAGGGAGAGUCCUUAAUACGGACUGCAUUCCAGUGUCUUCAGCUGGUUGUGACCGACUUCCUUCCUACAAUGCCAUGUACUUGUCUGCAGAUAGUUGUUGAAGUUGCAGGAAGCUUUGGACUUCACAAUCAAGAGCUAAAUAUUAGCUUAACUUCAAUUGGUUUGCUGUGGAAUAUUUCAGAUUAUUUUUUCCAAAGAGGUGAAAUAAUUGAAAAGGAGCUAAACAAAGAAGAAGCAGUGUUGCAGAAACAGGCAGAAGAAAAGGGGGUGUUGCUGAACAGACCUUUCCAUCCUGCAUCACCAUUUGACUGUCUUUGGUUAUGCCUGUAUGCCAAACUUGGAGAACUGUGUGUGGAUCCCCGACCCGCAGUUAGAAAGAGUGCUGGGCAGACACUGUUUUCUACUAUUGGUGCUCAUGGAACUUUAUUGCAACAUUCAACGUGGCACACAGUAAUAUGGAAGGUUUUAUUUCACCUGUUGGAUAGGGUUCGAGAAUCUUCUACGACAGCUGACAAAGAGAAGAUUGAAUCAGGAGGAGGCAACAUUCUCAUUCAUCAUUCAAGGGAUACAGCUGAGAAACAGUGGGCUGAGACAUGGGUAUUAACACUGGCUGGAGUUGCAAGGAUAUUUAACACUAGGAGAUACUUACUGCAGCCUCUAGGAGACUUUUCCCAAGCCUGGGAUGUUCUUCUUGAUCACAUCCAGUCAGCAGCACUUAGCAAAAAUAAUGAAGUUUCCUUGGCUGCUCUGAAAAGCUUCCAGGAAAUCCUACAAAUUGUUUCUCCUGUUCGAGACUCUGAGAAGCCUGAGACACCACCUGCAAUCAAUGUUUCUGUACCAUUGGUGGUAGGGACAACUACUGCCACUAGUCUUGGCAGAUCAUUCAUGAGAACUGACUCCAUAGGAGAAAGAAUAGGAAGAUAUAAUGGAUCUGAACCUCCUGUAAUAACAGAUGAGAUUGAAGAUUUGAAUCUCUGGUGGGCAGCCUGGAACAGCUGGUAUAGGAUUGGAUCAGAAAGUACAAGGCCUCCCAUUACUUGUGAUAAAUUGACUUUCAUUCCCAGCCAGCCUUUUCUUACAGCUUUAAUUCAAAUAUUCCCAGCUCUUUACCAACACAUCAAAACUGGUUUCAGCAUGGAUGAUCUCCAAAAGCUGGGUGUCAUUUUGCACGGUGCUGUUUCAGUUCCAAUCAGUUCAGAUGCUUCCCCUUUCAUCCUUCCAUCUUACACUGAAGCAGUUCUGACAAGUUUACAGGAAGCAGUUCUUACAGCUUUAGAUGUUUUACAAAAGGCUAUAUGUGUGGGCUCAGAAGGUAUGCAGAUAAUGUAUCCUGCAAUCUUUGACCAGCUACUGGCCUUUGUAGAAUUUUCCUGCAAGCCUCCACAGUAUGGACAGUUGGAAACAAAGCACAUUGCAAAUGCAAAGUAUAAUCAGAUACAGCUAUUUGCACCGGCGGAAUGGGUGGCAUUGAAUUACGUACCAUUUGCAGAGAGAUCAUUGGAAGUUGUGGUGGACUUGUACCAAAAGACAGCUUGCCACAAAGCUGUGGUAACAGAGAAGGUUCUUCAGAACAUUAUUAAGACACUUAGAAUACCUCUUAGUCUGAAGUACUCGUGUCCCUCUGAAAGCACAUGGAAGCUAGCUGUGUCCUCUCUUCUCAAAGUUCUCUCCAUUGGACUACCUGUUGCAAGGCAGCAUGCAUCUUCUGGAAAAUUUGACAGUAUGUGGCCAGAGCUAGCAAAUACUUUUGAAGACUUUUUAUUCACAAAAAGUAUGUUUAUUUUUAGUACACCUCCUGAUAAUCUGUCAAUUCAAGAAUUUCAGAAGAAUGAGAGUAUUGAUGUUGAGGUGGUGCAGCUUAUCAGCACAGAGAUACUGCCAUAUGCUAAUUUCAUUCCUAAGGAAUUUGUUGGUCAGAUAAUGACUAUGCUCAAUAAAGGCUCAAUACAUUCUCAGUCAUCCUCCUUUACAGAAGCCGAAAUAGAUAUUCGAAUGAGAGAAGAGUUUUCUAAGGUGUGUUUUGAAACACUGCUCCAGUUUUCAUUCAGUAAUAAAGUCACAACUCCUCAAGAAGGCUACAUCUCCAGAAUGGCACUUUCUGUGCUCUUGAAAAGGUCACAGGAUGUAUUGCAUCGCUACAUAGAAGAUGAGCGAUUGAGUGGCAAAUGUCCUCUUCCACGGCAGCAAGUAACAGAAAUCAUAUUUGUUUUAAAAGCUGUCAGUACUCUCAUAGAUUCACUUAAAAAGACUCAACCAGAAAAUGUUGAUUCUAGCACAUGGGCACAAGUUAUUGCCUUGUACCCGACUUUAGUAGAAUGUAUCACCUGCUCAUCCUCGGAAGUGUGCUCUGCUUUGAAGGAGGCACUGGUUCCCUUUAAGGACUUCAUGCAUCCACCAGCAGCCAAGAUCCUGGAUAACUGCAACUGGCUUUGGCUUCUCCCUGUCUCCUCUUGUCCGUCCCAGAAUGUGCUGUGAUGCUGCACUGUAAACAGCUGCCUCAGCCCACAUCUGCCACAAAGGGCUGCAGGAUUAAAAAUUAAACUAAUACACAUUGAAGAGAUCUGGAUGAGCAGGGUCAGUCUAAAUUCUGAACAGACUGAAAUGACUGUAGGGCUGUCAGCUGCUUUUACAUCCUCGAGCUUUAUUGAAUAUUAUACUGGGCAAAGAAAUGGUCUCUAUUUAGGAACAAUUUGUGCUAUUUCAUAAGGUGACUGCCUAGUCAUUUGUCUUCCAUAGUAACUCUUGUGGGAAAGCAGGGUCUUUCCUUGUAGUUUUACUCAUGGAUCUCUUACAGACUUUCCAUAUUCUUAAGUCUUAUCCUUUUAAAGAAAAAACAGCAAAAUUUCAGGUCUUUUUGCUUAGUCCCCAGAAAGUUGUAGCAAUUACAGAAAUGACUAUCAUAUGAGAAGCUAAAUGCUCUAUCUGAGCUUGCGUGACAGCCUUUGGAUUUUCCAGACAACCCUUAAUUUGCCAAGGAGGAGUAGUUUUCCUGGAGAAUAACUGAGCCAAAGAACUGGGAUAGCAAUGGUCCAAAAAGUUGAGCCUUCUAAAACCAACUUAAAGACCAUUAAAGUUUCCCCUUUCAAACUGGAAAAUUAAAAUAUUACAGGCAUGUAAGUUUUACUUUAGAGGUAAUGAGCAAUGUUAGAAUAAUGAAGAAACC